GUAUCUUACGUUCGAAUGUGCUUUUUCCCCUGCCGAGUAGGUUUGGAAUUGGAUUAGCACGUUGUGGAGCAAAAGUGGGAAUUGGUCAGGCCGGACCGAAUGACCUACGUGAAUUUUCGCGAAGCCCGGUCCGAGCCGGUCCGGCCCGCCCACGGGUCGCCGCUGUUGUCCAACUUCAACUUCUCAUCGCCGGAAUCGACCUGCAGGAAGACGAAAUUAUAUUAGAGUAACAUUUUUCGACACGGCGACAUCAUUCUCUUCUUCUUCUUCUUCACUUCCCAGGAUCUCGAAGCUCUCGAGCUCAUCGAUCGUCGACUCCGCUCGGUGCUCUGCUCUUGCCGAAUCGCCUCGGCUCUCGUGUCGCUGAGGAUCUGGUCAGUGAUGCUCUAGAAGUUAACACCAUUCCUCAGCUGAGAUUUUAACUCCUGCCCGAAUACGUCGCUUUGUCAUGGACCCUAACAGAUUUAUGGAUGAGAAGUCUGAAAGCAGACUCUAUAUUGGCAAUCUUGAUUUGAGAAUAACAGAGGCCACUCUAAUCAAGAUGUUUUCUCCCUUUGGGAAGAUUAUAUCAGAGGAUUUCCUUUGGCAUACUCGUGGCCCAAAACGUGGAGAGCCAAGAGGCUUUGCUUUCAUUCAGUACAGUAGCAAAGAGGAAGCUGAGCUCGCGAAGGAGAAGAUGCAUGGGAAGUUGGCCUGCGGCCGCCCCCUAGUUGUCCGUCUUGCUAGUGAGAAGUAUCUGGUGGAAUCGGUGGAGAACUCAUCCAAGAUAAGAGGUCAACAUGACAAGACUUGCACAACUGGUGGCAGUUCCGGACAGAUGAGUAAGAACGCGAAGAUAGCUGCAAUCAAGAACAAGUUGAAAGCUUUGGAGGAAGGAGACUCCAAUGGUAAGAAGCAGAAAACAAUCUGACCACAUUCUGUUGCAAAUCGAGCUGCACUAACUACAUUUCAGGAGGCCGAUGUUCCAGAAAUACUCAAAGAGCCCCCUGCUGCCUUGCAGACUCGAGAUAAGGCAUGUUUUUGGUUUUGAAGGUUGGAACUGCAUGGAGUUGUUGUAGAUUUCAAGUUAUGUGAUGUGGGGAAACAUUGACAAUGUAUAUCGGGAGGUAUCAGUGAUUGUCAUAAAUCCUAUGGCAGAUUUUCGAAAGUCUGUCCGGAACCGCCACCAGUUAUUGAAAAGUGCUUAAUUCAAGAAAUUUCUCUAGCACUUUUCGCUGCUUCAUA